AUGGAGUGGCUCAGCUCAACAAUCUUUAAAUCACUUUGGCGGCCCACAGUGAAUAUUGUUAGAACAAGAUAUCAUGCAGAUAAAACACGACUUGUGAGAAGGUAUGGUUAUGAAGAGAAAAUAUGGAGUGGAGGUUUAUUGCCAAGGUCUGAACAAAGGUUGAUACCAAUGCCAGAAUAUAGACCAAGAAAUUCUUGGACGGAACGUAGAGCAUUGUUUGGACAAAAUGACUACAUAGAUAUACUUGGCUCUGGUGAAAUACAUCCAGUAAAGACUUUGUACACAGUCCCAUCUUGGAUCAGAGGUGUAAAAGGGCAUGAAUAUCAUAUUCUUCUAAGAAAGAGGAAGAUGUUUGCUAACAGUCCAACUCCUCGGCUCAGACCAACAAAAUGGAAGGAGUAUGAAAAACGCUUAGCAUUUUUAUAUAGAAAGCUUAAUAGGAAAACAAAAACUGGAAUGUCUUCAGCC